CUGUACAAGUCGCUGGGAAUGAGUGGCGUUGACGUGGCUGGGAUUUACAACCCGGAGCGGUUCACGUCAAAGGCCAACGCGUUCGGUCUGCAGCCAGGGUUCGCGAUCGACCUGACGCUGCAGAAGGAUGACAAAGGCAACCAUUGGGACCUGUCGAAGACCGAGCAUCAGAAGAAGCUCAAAGGGCUGUUGUGGAAGGAGAAGCCCGCGUUCUUGAUCGGGUCACCACCUUGUGGGCCUUUCAGCCCACUGCAGAAUCUGAGCAGUCACAGGCGCACUGCUGCCCAGAACGAAGCCAUUUUGGCGGAGGGCAGGUUGCACCUUAACGUGGCGGCUGAGGCGUACAUGGAGCAACACCGGAACGGCCGAUACUUCCUUCACGAGCACCCGAAGCCCUCUAGAAGUUGGAGAGAGCCAUGCAUCGAAAAGCUACAAGCCAUGGACGGCGUCUACACGGUGCAGGCUCCGAUGUGCAAAUGGCACAUGAAGGCUGAAGAUGGGCAAGGAGUUGGAUUGGUGCGGAAAGAAACGUGCUACGUCACCAACUCCGCCGAAAUGGCUAAGGCACUUGAAGGGCGCUGUGAAGGGCGCCACAGACAUGUCCAUCUGAUCAAUGGGCGUGCUCGUGAGGCACAAGUUUACCCGCCAAAGCUGGUGAAUGCGAUUUUGAAAGGAAUCAAGAAGGAGCUCAUGAACAAGGGCGAGAUCAGUGAAUUGUCUUCGAUCACUGCAGGUCCGUCGCCCGACGAGACAAGCAGUGAGCCAACGGAACACUUCUUCAACCCCGACGUCAAGACAGAAGGCGUCUUCGACUCCGUAACCGGCACGCCUCUGAAGACCGACAAGGUUUGGGAGGCGAGACGCGAAGAGAUGACAUGGGUGAAGAAGCAAGACCUGUACGAAGUGGUGGAUGAGCAGGUCUGCUGGGAUGAGACUGGUCGAGGCCCGAUCGGCCUGAAGUGGGUUGAUCGAAAUAAAGGAGACGCCCUGAAUGAGAACUACAGGAGCAGGUUGGUGGUGAGAGAGAUAAAGCGAUCUUCGGUUCCCUUGGCGGAGUUCGAAUCUUUCUCGGCGAUGCCACCGUUGGCGGCACUCAAGGUCCUGUGCUCACUUCUUGUCAGCAAGAAGGUGAGCAAGUCGGGGCAGCCUUUGAAGUUGCGGCUGACUGACAUCAGCAGAGCGCACUUUUAUGGACAGGCUCGCCGACGGGUGUUUUGCAACUUGCCAGAAGGAGAGGAGAUCGCUGGCAAGUGCGCGCUCCUGAAGCGCAGCAUGUACGGCACCCUGGACGCCGCUUCAAUAUGGCAACAGACGUAUGCUGAUGUUCUGAAGAAGAACAACAUCAAGCAGUGUGUUGCUUGGCCUGCGUUGUUCUACCAGGAGGAUAGCGACCUGAGGUUCAUGGUGCACGGAGUCCUGAGCGAGAAGUUCGAGUACCGGGUGGAUGGCCAGAUCGGCCCCGAAGCCACAGAUGGCACAGCUAUGUGUGUUCUCAACAGCGUGCUGGAGUUCAACAAGGACACCGGCGUCCUCACUUAUGAGGCGGACCCACGACACGCGGAACACAUCAUCCGUGCCCUGAACUUGGAGGAGAGCAAGUCGGUAUCUACUCCUGCGGAGAAACAGAAGCUCACUGACGUGCUUGCUGCUGAAGGCCUUCCUGAGCUCGAUGAAACUGCGACUGCGCAGUACAGAUCGCUCACCAUGCGAGCGGCCUACUUGAGUAUGGACCGCGCUGACCUCAGCGAG